CGACAGACAUACUGUAGGACUACGUGUAGCCAGCCGCAUUACACUACAGUAAUGCCAAUAUUGUAGCCUAUGCCUCAUGACAAAGUUACUGUGCGUGAUUUAGAAGUAUAAACUAGCUCUCUUCCUUCUGGUAAUUUGCAGAGGUGGCGGAAGUGCGUCAGUUAUCUCGGCUCUCUGAGGCUUUUACUGCACACUAAUUUCAGAUGUAGGGAAAAGAGGGGAGAGAAGAUUUUAAUCACUCUGCCGCUUUAAGGACACUUAUCAAAGCUUUGCAUUAUGUGAAAACGAAAAAUACGACGAGACACGAGUAACUGAGCAACCAAGGACGGAAUUCAAGAGUGGAUCUAUAACUUACGUGGGCCUGGAAUAGCCGAUGGCUUUGGCUUAUGGGGUUUGAUCAUAUGCAGUGGAUGGUCGUAUGUUGAAGUAGCUAAACGGAGGAUCAUUUUGAAAAUAUUGCGCAUAAGUAGCGAAAGACGUGGAAAUCCCUGCCCUCGUAGCUUUUAUCGCGCAAAGGUUUACCCUACGGCGGAACUUGUCAGAGGAAUAUGGUUAACCGUUGAAACUCGCCAAUGCAGAGAGGAUUAUCCACUUAUGUAUUAUCUCAUACAUAAUUGUUAAGCACCUAAUACGCAUUUUGACGGAUGUUAUCCAUAGUCCUUUUUUGACAGUGGAUUAUGGAUUGGGUGGUGGAAAACAACGGGCAGCGACAUUAUUUCUCUGCGCUGUCUGUGGUAUGCAGCUAUUAACAUUGUUUUUCCAAUGCAACAAAGUUGCAAAGCAAGUGGAAUGCAUACAUUUGAAGUAUUUCGCCAUUUUACACCUGCUUAUGUAAAGAACGCGUCGACCUUAUAGUAUCGGAUCGCUUCAAAUACGUGAGGAUUUGCGUUCCUUCUUCCUCGCCUGCAUGGAAUAUUUUAACAUCUGUUUAUUGUAUUCGGGAGGAAUAUUCAAGGUCAUUCCGUGAAUCUUAUUAUAUAUAUGUAUUAUUUAUACAUGCGUAUCUCCUCGUGAUAGCACAAUAGUAUCUUAUUUCGCACAGGGAAUCCGCUUUACGUUAGGCGCUCUAGAGUGAUUUUGUCAUUGCAACAUUUUUAAAAUGGAUGGAAAAUUGAAGCAGAGCCGGAGAUCCCGUUCCAAACGUGAGAGGGUACGGAGACGGGAGGCAGUGGGCAGGGAUGCCCGCAGUCCAAACCCUUCAUCUUGUUCAGAUAGGGAGCAAAGUCCUGGGAGGGAUCUCGCCUCCCAGAAUGGUAAAAAGGUUCCACACUUGACACCUUCUUCCAGAGCCUCACGUCCCCCUCGUCGAAAGAGACGAGAAUCCAGUUCUCAAGAAGAGGAUAUCAUUGAUGGAUUUGCCAUAGCCAGUUUCGUCAGCCUGGACUGUCUGGAGAAGAAGACUGGGGCCCUGAAGUCUCAGGAGGAUAAGAAGAAGGAGAAGGAGAGGUGGAGAGAGGAGAAGAAGAAGGAGAGGUGGAGAGAGGAGAAACAGCAGCAGGAGACGGUGGUAAAGAGACAGAAGGAGGAGAAUGAGGAGGAGGAGAAUGUCAUGCCCCUGUCCCUAGACCCCCUGGAGAACGGCUUCAUCAACCAUGCCCAGAGAGAGCAGGAGAGAAUGAAUGACAGGCUGCUGAAGAAAACCUACUCCAAGAAGAAUAAACAGACCAAGGCCCUGCAGGUGCGCCCGGUGAGGCUGGAUGAGGAUGAGGCCAUGCAGGAGAUCAACAGACCCAACAGGAGCAUGUCUAAAGAGCACCUCAGUGAGCACAACGGGAGACAGCAGGUGCUGAGCUCCACUCACUCGCUGUCAGGCCGGGGCUACUCGCUCCUCAGGUCCUCCCAAGGAACCACAGUGUCUGUCUAUGUUACGGCUGUCGUAGAGAGGGGACCAAAGUGCAGCGUGUGUGACAGCGAGAGUGACGUUGAUGACAAGGUAUCUGAAGUAGGAUCCGAGAAACUCUUCUCCCCCACUACACCCGAAGGUGUGACGACGAAUGAGAAUCCAGAGUCCAAGACUGUCAGCUCGGCCAAAGUAUCAGGGCUCCAGCGUAGCCAGGAGCAGAGUAACGAGGUGUCCUUCACCCCGCGUGUUUCCAGCCCCACCCCGGCCUCCCCGCCUACGGGCUCCCCUGCCCCCUCUGCCACCGCGGCAGCCCCCCCUCAGCCCCUGCCAAGGGUGCGGCUCUCUUCCCCGCCCCCCCUCCUCAUCAAGAGAGAGUCAGACCGGGCUCUGCCCAUCCCCACCCCUCCCCUGCUGAGGGCCCAGCCCCACCCUCUCCAGGAGCACCGGGUCCCUGUCUCGCUCCCUCUCCCCCAGCACCAACACCACGCCAGGCCUCUCAUCAGCCACCAACAUCACCAGCAUCACCCACUGCAGUACAACAGCCUGCACGACAUCAGUCACAGCGGCAGCAGCGCAGGCCUCCCCAAACACCACCACCUGCCCCCCUCCCCACACCACCUGAGCAGCCUCCCCUCCUCCACCCCGGCCCUGCCCCUGUCCAUAGCCAACCUCUCUACCUCGCACUAUUCCUCCCUGCGAAGCCCGGCCCAUCGCCAUCCGGCCAUGUUCGCAACCCCCGCCACACUGCCGCCACUUCCGACCUUACCCACUAACAGUCUUGUGGUCCCUGGGCACCCUGCUGGCACACCCUACCCAGAGCAUGACCUCCUGCGGCAGGAGCUGAACAACCGCUUCCUGGUUCAGAGUUCAGAGGGGCGGAGCCGGGGGCCGUCCUCCACGGGGUCCCCGCUGGCCCCUGUGUCACUCCUGAGGGGAGAGUUUCACCAACACCAGCACAUGCAUCAGCACCAACACACCCACCAGCACACCUUCACGCCCUUCCCGCCCAGUCUGCCCCAGGCCACCAUCAUUCCUCCGCCCACCGCACCCCCCAUGGUGCGUACCCCAGCCAGAAAUUUUGACAAAUACGCUCCAAAACUGGACAAUCCAUUCAUUAGACAUUCAAAUUUCUUCCCCUCCUACCCCCCCACAAUGCCAGGCAUGCCCCCGCUGCUCCCACACUCAGGACCCUUCAGCUCACUGCAAGGAGCCUUCCAGCCCAAGUCCUCUAACCCCAUAGACGUAGCAUCCCGUUCGGGGGCAGUACCUCACACACUCCUACAGAAGGACCCACGGGUAUCGGAUCCUUUCAGGACAGCAGUUAGAAAACCUGGCAAGUGGUGUGCUGUGCACGUCCAGAUCGCCUGGCAGAUUUACCACCAUCAGCAGAAGAUGAAGCAGAUGCAGGUGGACCCUCACAAACUGGACAUGAAUGGGAAGCUGGACCUGUUCAGUCGUCCCCCUGCCCCAGGGGUGUUUCCUGGGUUUCCCUACACCCACGACCUGGCACGACCCAUGUUCUCCUCUACAGGUUCUGGCCAUCCGGCCGCCUCCCCGUACGGCCCCUCCCCCCACCACAGCGGCUUCCUGCCUCCCAGCCACUUGGCAGAUCCUUUCAGUCGCUCCAGUACCUUUGGCGGCCUCGGCAACCUUUCAACCAGUGCCUUCGGAGGAUUAGGCAACCCCUCGCUUGGCUCCAACAGUGUCUUUGGCCAUAAAGAGGGCCCAGGGGGCCUGCCAGGCUUUGGCAGCCCUCACCAUGACACCUGGAACAGGCUCCACCGGACCCCACCCUCCUUCCCCACCCCUCCGCAGUGGCCCAAGUCUGCAGACACGGAGCGCAGCAACUCAGCAAACAGCCACGAGCGUGAACGAGAACGAGAGAGGGAACGGGAACGGGAGAGGGAGAGGGAGAGAGAGAGAGAACGGGAGAAAAGGGAUUCAUCCAUCAGCAAAGAGGAUAAGGAUAAAGACAGAGAUUUGAUUGACCGUAACCGUCACUCCAACCGUUCGUCCCCUGCAUCGGCCCCAACCAGCUACCAGAUCAGCAGCCUGAUCCGCUCUAACAGCCAGAACUCCAGCGACUCGGGUCGCCACCACAGCAGCAGCGUGGACCGGGUACGGGAGGCAGAGAAGGAGCUCCCGGAGCGCCACCGAGAGGUGGCCAUAGUGGGGGAGGUCAAGGUGAAGGAGAGCGGCUCCCCUGGAGGAGGGAAGGAGGUGACAGACAGAGACAGACGCUCCACAGAAGACUCCAUCAAACCAGCCCACCGCACGCCCUCCCCCUACUCCAAGGCUGUCCUAUCUGAGACAGGCAUGAAAAUGGCUGGUGGCCCCCCACCCACGCUACUCAAGGACGGGGACAGGGACAGGAAGGAGGUUCGUCCUUCCUCCGGUGGGGACCUGCUGCUGCACAAGGUGAAGAACGACAUGAAGAUCAAGGAGGAGCGCAAGGAGGACCAGGAUGUGGUGGUGGUGAGCUCCGAGCCUGCCCCUCAGCCUGCUCCUCCUCCUCAGCCUCUACCCCUUCUACCCCCCCAGCCUGGUCACCAUCACCACCACCACCACCACCCUCCUCUGUCCCAGCAGCCCCCGCCCCCCUCUCCACGCUGCAGUGAAAUGCCCACCCACGGCUCCCUGCACGGGGUGCACAUGGCCCACUCCUUGCCCCUCUCCAUGAGCGCCAUGCACCAGAUGGGCAGUCUCAACGUGCUAGACCGGGCUCGCAUGGCUCCAUUUAUGGGGGUGAGCCCCCUGGCUGCUGCUGCUGGGAGGGACCGGAUGCCCCACCAAGCCUUCCCCUGGGACCCACUGAGGGAGGCCUACCGCAACAUGGACCUGCAGCGCAGGAUGGACUUCCAUCUGAGGGCGGAGCAGGCCCAGCGCUUCCCCAGCAUAUACGAGCAGGAGCGGGCCUACCGGGAGAGAGAGGCCCACGACUACUCCCACCACGAGCACCUGCUGGAGGUACGGCGGGAGCACGAGAGGAUGAGGCAACAGGCAGAGGAGAGGGAGCGCCAGCACCUGAGGGAGGAGCUGGACCGAGCACGGCUCCACCAGCUGCACCAGUCCCCCAUGGAGGGACACCUGCCACACAUGCCCCCCUUCAUGCCCCACCUGGGCGGCAUGCCCUACCCCAGACUCAGCCCCUCCACUGGACACAAUGGCCUGCUGAACCGGACGCCCCCCACCGCUGCACUUAGCGCCCCCCCUCCACUAGUGGCAGCGGGGAGCGCCAGACCAGCCUCCCCCAGAAGGACUACCCCCCUCACCACCCAGGACCCCCGAGAUUACUCCCCCUCCCGCAACCCCAAAGAAGUGGAGGCACGGUAGCUUUACAUACAGACAAAGGACAUGGAUGCUUAAAAACACUCACUCCCCAAUUUGGAACCUUCUAGAGAGAACAAAAUGCACUGCUUUACAAUGGAGAAAGGCAUUAGUAAACAAGGAAACAGUAUGAUUGUACAAAGGAAAGAUUUGUAAGGUUGAAGAAGCACAUGCCAUGAUUUUAUUUGACAUGGACAGGCUGAUGAGAAUGUUGGUUAGAAGAACUUGAAUCAAAAAGUAUGUGUAUGUUUGUUUCCGACAUAAAAUUUGAUAUUAAUAUAUUAAUCUAAAAGCUUUUUCGAUUUUGAGCGAAAAGUGAGAUUCUGAUUAAAAUGAGUUUGUACAUUUCCUAUCCUCGUUCCAUGUAUAGACAUCAUUUUUAUGAAUUUGUAUUUUGUGCGUUAGUCUCUUCUUUUCAAUAUCCCAGUCCAUUGUGAGACAUAUCAAAGAUGAUGCUCCACAGUACAGACUGGACUUUUUAUCCUUACAACAGUAAUAUAACCUCAUCGUACCUGGAAAUACUCAUUAGUGAUAAUGUACGAAAUUACAUUAAAGAUUUUUUGCGUUUUAUUUGCUUUGCCUUUGAGAUAUGCAGACAAAUAUAUAUUACGAGGUCUUUGUUCGGUCUCUGUAAAGAAAAUUCAUGUAAAUAUCUUGUUGAUAUUCCUUGCAGCAAAAUUACAAUGUAAAUUUAUUAGGCUUUUUAAAUGUUUCUAGAAAAACAAAUUAAAUCAAAACUGAACCACUUGCCGGUUGGAAACCAUGGUAACAGACGAUCCUGUCCAAUGGGAGGGAAGGAGGGCGGGCAUCAGAAGGGGGCUGGAAUGAUCAUCUGCAAUCUAUGCAAAGAGGCGCUGAGCACCCCGAUGGAGAGCCACCUGGAAUGGAAUGGACACUGUUGGAUAAUGUUGAUUCAGUGAGAGGAACUUGGAAUAACUCAACAUGUUUUUCUUUCCAAUGAUGGCCAUGGAAUUAUAAACCUACAGACUUCCCUGUUACAGAGAAAAUGUACCAGAAGCUUACAUGCAGUCCCAGUAAAAUGAAUUGACAGCAAAGGAAGACACUUUUGAUUGGGCGGCAAUAGGACUUUCUCUGUCGACCGUUGUGGUGUUGUGCAGUUGUUGUUUUUUAGACUUGUAUACAAAACAAGUAGAGUUUUAGGCGUGCAAAAAAAAUGAAAACGAACAUUCAUGAUUUAAAAUUGUACGGAAUAAAGUUUGGACCUAA